AUGGCUCUUCGUAGAAUACAGAAAGAGCUUCAAGAAAUCUCCCGAGAUCCACCGUGCAACUGCUCGGCUGGACCAGAGGGACCAGAUCUUUUCCACUGGACCGGCACAAUCGUCGGCCCACCGGACACACCAUAUGAAUCCGGUGUUUUCAUGCUUGAUAUUCAGUUCCCACCAGACUACCCAUUCAAGCCACCGCACAUCAUUUUCAAGACACGCGUUUAUCAUCCAAAUAUUUCUCCACGCGGUGCUAUCUGCCUUGAUAUUCUUAAGGAUAAGUGGGCUCCAGCUUUGACCAUUUCUAAAGUUCUCCUCUCUAUCUGCUCUUUGUUAAAUGAUGCUAACCCAGAUGAUCCACUUGUUCCAGAUAUUGCUCGUCAAUACAAGGCAGAUAAGGCCGCUUUUGAGCGUGAUGCUCGCGAAUGGACUCGUAAAUAUGCUACAUAA